AUGUCGCCCGCCCAAAAUCCCGGUAUCCCCAGCUACAGCAUUGCUUCCAUCCCCGCCGACGGAAUCGGCCCGGAAGUCAUUGAUGCAGGUAUUACAGUGCUCAAUGCGUUAGCUGAUACCCUCAAGACUUUCCAACUUGAUUUUACGCAUUAUGACUGGAGCUCCGAUACAUACAAGAAGACCGGCAAAUACAUCCCCGAUGGCGGCUUGGAUCAAUUGAAAAAGCACGACGCUAUCCUCUUUGGUGCUGUAGGUGCUCCUGAUGUUCCUGACCAUAUCUCACUAUGGGGACUUCGACUGGCCAUCUGCCAGCCUCUACAGCAAUACGCCAACGUGAGACCUACCAAGAUCUUCCGUGGCACCGAGUCCCCUCUACGUAACUGCACCACUGGCGAUCUUGACUGGGUCAUCAUCCGCGAAAACAGCGAGGGUGAAUAUGCUGGCCAGGGUGGUCGUUCGCACCAGGGUCGCCCCUGGGAGAUUGGUACUGAGACCGCCAUCUUCUCCCGCCAUGGCAUUGAGCGCAUUAUGCGCUUCGCCUUUGAGACGGCUCAGCAGAGACCUCGCAAACUGCUGACAGUGGUGACGAAGAGUAAUGCCCAGCGUAAUGGCAUGGUGCUCUGGGAUGAGGUUGCCAAGGAGGUGUCGCAAGAUUUCCCUGAUGUGACCGUCGACAAGAUGCUUGUCGAUGCAAUGACCACACGUAUGGUUCUCAAACCGGAGAGCAUUGACACUAUUGUGGCAACUAACCUGCAUGCCGACAUUCUCUCCGAUCUCGCGGCGGCUUUGGCUGGUUCCAUUGGUAUUGCUCCAACCUCGAAUCUGGAUCCUACACGCCAGCACCCUAGCAUGUUCGAGCCUAUCCAUGGCUCCGCCUUCGAUAUCACGGGUCUUGGUAUUGCCAACCCCGUCGGAACCUUCUGGACAGGAGUGGAAAUGCUCAACUGGUUGGGUGAAACCGACGCAGCGAAACAGCUACUUGAAGCUGUUGAGAAUGUUUGCGAGCAGGGCGUUUUGACCAAGGAUUUGGGUGGCAAGGCCACUACCAAGGAAGUCACAGCGGCAGUUGUUGCAGAAAUCCAGAAGCUGGCGAAGAAAUAA